AUGACCCAUUUCGUGUGCAUCUGGAAAGAAGAACAACAUGCAUUGAAUACAGAAGAGCAUGAGGCCAGGUCCCAACUGAAAGAUCCAUCAUAUAAAUGGAUUUAUGAAGAACCUAGCGUAAAACAAUUGUCUGACCGAAUUGCAGAGUAUGAGGAAGAAUUUCAGUGCAUAGCCAUCAAACCGCUUCGGACCUUGAGAGACGAUCUCAAACACUGGAUCCGGAAUAAGAAAGAAUCGUUGCACAUUCAACCACCGGGUCCCAUCAAAUCAGUUAUCACUGAAAUGACUACGUCGCUGAACCGAGUUCAAACCAGCUUGAGACUAGAAGAGGGUGAAUGUCUGAAAGAUGGUUGUUUUGAUCAUUCGGCGGAGAUUCAAGUACGAAACAAUUCAGGAACAUUGAAAUCAUCGGGAUCAAGCGAAGACGGUGAUGAACUCUGUUCGCGUGAAAUGGGUAUUCCGGAUGAAGCUUGGGAUUGGGCAUCACCGUCAGCAGGAUUCCUCACAGAAUUGUUGUCCGAGUUUAUCCGAUUGGAUGCAGUGUACUAUGAACGGCUGGAAGCUGCUCAAGGUGCAUACGACGAAGUCCGAUUGUCCAAUGAAGACAACUGGACUGAAGAAGAAUUGAGACAAAUCCAUUAUUUCUCGGAAGUAUUCAAAAAGCAUUCCAGUACAAAUCGGAGGAAGUUAUGCAUUUUAUUUCUGUGCCUUAUUUUAAAGGAUCGUAAACCGUCCGAAGUGGAACGCGUUUUGGAUAGACGACUGCGUGAAAAGCAACUCAAAGAUCGUGUAUAUACAAUUCGACGAAGUUGGAUCAAGGCACGCGAUGAUCUUUCAGUCCGCAUUCGGGCUGCAUUGCUUCAGGCCACAGAAAUGGCCGAACGGAAACGAUUGGGGUUGAAACACAAGUGUACCCAAAAAGAAAUACGACCGGUUUUACGGGAUCAGGUAGCUAAAUUUACUGAUGCUAAAAUAAAUGACGUUGUAUGCCAAGGGAUUUAA